UUUUAAAAAUUAGUAUCCGAAAAGAUAUUAACAUUACUAAAAUAAAAUUACUUAACGUUAAAUUAUUUAGCAUCAAUGUAGAAUUUAAAGGGAGAAACAUACCCGUCUUUUCUUAACAACGGGCAAAAUGGAGAUCUUCUGAACUGAAAUACAAAAAGAACAGAUUAAUAUAUUUAAUGGUGUUACCAGCCUUUAUCUAGGUUACAUCUGCGUUGCUUGACUUCCGGUAAUGUAUCCCGAUAUUUCAACUCGCUAAGUAGGUCAAGGAGAACAGGAUGCCUUUAUCAGACAAAACAUUAACGGAUGUACGAGUGCCGUCAGCAGAAGGAGUGACACGGGAAAUCUUUCUCGGGCUGUCCACUGACAUCCCCCAGAACGUGACCAAUGGUUCUAACUCUGACAGGGACGAAGGCCUGGCCGUCAUCGAGGUCACCGUCAGCGCCACCAUCCUGUUUCUGGCUGUGGCCGGAAACGGGUGCGUGGUGAUCUCUUUAGCGAACAGGCGGAAGCGGUUGUCGCGCAUGCACCUGAUGAUACUCCACCUGUCGCUGGCGGAUCUCUUUGUGGCCUUCUUCAACGUCCUCCCCCAGCUGGCUUGGGAUAUAACAGACAUAUUCUAUGGAGACCAGUUCCUUUGCGUGUCUGUCAAAUACUUCCAACUGGUCGCAAUGUACGCCUCUUCGUACGUCCUACUGGCCACAGCUGUUGACAGGUAUUACGCCAUAUGUCACCCGUUCCUAAGCCAAACCUGGACGGCCAGACACGCGCACCUCCUAGUGGCCAUUGCAUGGGCAGCAUCCUUGGUCUUCAGCCUACCUCAGGUGGUCAUCUUUUCUUACACACAACGCGAGGAUAAUGUCUACGACUGCUGGGCCAACUUCGACCCUGACUGGACUCUGAAGGCCUAUGUCACCUGGACCACUGCUUCCAUUUUCAUCUUACCCACCUGUAUUCUGGGGGUCCUGUACGGUAAGAUCACAUGGGUCGUUUGGAAGGCCGGAAAGAUGGAGACAACCUUAAUCGCCAGCAAAUCAAACGGAGCCAAGCCACCAACAAAAAGUCAAGCCUUGAAGCCAAGGAAGCUGUUUGGAUUCACCAUCAUCUCUGGUGUCCGAGAGGCCAAGAAGUAUGAGAAGGUGAAGUUGGUGACCAGUUACAGUGGCUCUAUCCGCUCGGACAAAAGGUCUCAAAAUGACGACUGGGAUCAAGCCUCUCUCAAAUUGGACAUACCGGAAGUGGGGACAAGUAGAAGUAACUCAGCAGAAUCGAAGAGUCCAAAGUCUGAAUGUACUGACAUCCGCUGGCCUGUGGUUGAGUCCAAACAACGGAGUCCCAGCCAAUUACCAGCGCAGAGUGGAGCUAGUUUGGGGGUGAGGCUGGACAGCCAAGCGUCUGGUGUUAAUAACACUUCAAGUCAAGAUGGCGUCGAGGGCUCGGAUAAUACUCUGCCCCGGGGCUGUGCUGAACACGAUUCCAAUGUCACGGGUCUCGUCGUGGAGCACGUCGCCGGAGGAGAAGAGAGUCUUCGGAGGGCGCCGCAAGAUGCGAAUGACCGUGACGUCAGCGCGUCCCCUCUCCAAACAGCCUCUUCUAGACGAAAGCCUGUCUUGGGGAGAAACGAAGAAGCAUGCAAGGACGUGGGAACUGACCUGGUCGACAUUCUGAUAAGGUCAGAGAUAAGCCCUCAGGGGGCGUGGCCUAGGUCUUCGUGUCAAACGCGAGAGGGAGGGGCCAGCGCUGUGGGCACGGAGAGGGGUCAUGAUGACAUCAACGCAGCGAUUUAUCAUAACAUUAGCGGUGAGACAUCUCCGGAAGGGUGUCAAAAGAUUUCCUCUCUUACUGACGCAACAAGCGACCUUAUACCUACCUGUGACAAAGACUCUUGCCACGAGCGGAGCUUUCUUUCAGUAGAUUCCUCUAAGAACUCCACUCUGCACUCGCCUACGCCGUCAUCAGCAUUAUAUAUAUAUACAUAUUCAAAGUCAUCUCAAAACAAUCGUGUAAAUAGCGACAGUUUUUCUCGUGACAAUAGAGGAAAGAAGGAAACAGAGGCUAGCAUAAGAGACUCGUCGGCAUCAACAAACAAGAAGAGAAUUCGACUCUCUUCUAUUCGAAGCUUGUCCCCCAACGUGCUGGAGACACGGCACAGCGCCUGCAGCUCUUCUUCUGACACCCCAACGAGAAGAUACCCCAGCAGCAAGAAACACGCCAUCAACGGCACCAGUAUCAUCCGGACCGACGCCAGCAGCGUCCCUCAAGGGCUGAGGAUGGGGAUCUCGAGGGCCAAGGUGAAAACGAUAAAGUUGACCUUCACAGUGGUCAUCUGCUACGUUCUAUGCUGGGCGCCUUUCUUCGUUGGUCAGAUGUGGGCAGCAUACGAUUUUACAGCUCCAUUUGAAGGCAAAGCCUUCACCAUCAUCUUGCUGUUGGCGAGUGUCAACAGCUGCACCAAUCCUUGGAUCUACAGCAUCUUCAGCGAUACCAUUUCUGAGCGGGUCAAGAACGUAUGUAAGAAGCCUUGCCAUUGGCUGUUUUGCCUGUGCCGCGUGAAUUCACACGAAAGAUCUUAGCGGGAAAUCAGAGACAGACCCUGACAGAUGCCGUCUACUCAAAGCAGCAAGAAGAGCUUAGUGUCUUGCAAAACACAGUGGAUUCGUCGUAAAUGUUUGUGUGACUGCGCUCCCAUUACACUGAAGUAGCCCAACACAAUAUCUAUUAUAUGAGUUAUCUUUUUCUUCUAUGUCAUACAAUAGUAUAUCAGUUAAAUGUCAUGAAGUUGUAACUGAAGAAUCAUACCAUCAACAGGAGGCCCUGUUGACUUCUCUGUAGGAAAUCACUGCUCAUUUCUAUAACAUGGGACAUUACUAAUUACGUUUUUAGACUUGAAUAGGUUUUAAGCUUUUUAAGAUAUGGAGCCCUUUAUAAAUCCAGAUAUUACAUUACUUGGAACCCAUAGCUAUAGCUUUGUUGCUUAUAGGUAAAUCAGCCCUAGGCAUUACCGUCAACUCAUACUUUGCUUGGCUACUGAGUUCAGAUUGAAGAGAUAAUCUGCAUUUUAACCCCGGAUUAGAUUAUGUUCCUGAGUCUACCUUAGAGAAAGGUAACUAUGACAUCAUUUAUGAACUACUAAGAUUAUAUUAUCACAGCCUCGAAAUGCCUGUUAUCAAAGGAAGUCUCGCCUCUGUAACUUAAGUUUUAAGAAGAAACUAUUUAACGUAGUGCAAAAAAAAAUAAUUUUAUAAGAGCUUGAUGACAGCUGGACGAAUCCUUACCACCAGUGUUUGAAGAUUUAUUGUACACUACGACAGACACGCUUUGACAGUCAAGAUCAACUUACGUUGUUUGUAAAUACCCCCCACCCCCUCCAUCCCCAAAGGCGGCCUUAGAGUUCAGUCUUAGACUCGUGGACCACUUUCGACCUACGAAGCUUGCCUCUAUCUGUCAGUCUGAACAAACUUCUGUCUGGGAAAGAUGUAACGUUUUACAUUUCUAUUACCGAUGGCUCAUAUCCCAAGAUGCUUGGGCUAGAACUUAGAGGGGAGGCCAAAGGCGGAGCACACCUUGGGAAACUUCCCCAUUUGCCGUGUCUGCCUUAAAAAACGGCCCCGCUGUGUUUUUAGUGACAUGUUUGUUGGGAAUUUCUCGCAUCCUCGUCAGUGCGAUGAACUCGGUCCCAACAGGGCUUUCCUUUUUGUUUCCCCAUUGACUUAAUAAUCUCCUGUAACGACCGUUUUCCACCCGACCUCCACGUUGAGGCAGAGAAGCAUUGCCCUGGUCUAGUAAAAAAAAACAUGGCGUAUUCAGCUGAGAACAAUCGUUAUUGAUCACAGGCCUGUACGACAAGAUAACUAGCUAUUGGUCUAAACUGCCCACAGGUUGUGACGUUGCAGGCUAGUAUUGAGGUCUAUAACGAAUGGUAUCGAUUCAGCCGUACUUAUAACUGAGUUGUUAAUUAAAUCUGAAUCGGCUUACAGUUUAUUGAUAGAUAAUCUAAGCUGUGCUUAUAUUUUUACGUAAAUCUAAUAUAGAUUACGUCUAGAUUAUAUAACCUAGAAGUAGAUCUAGAUCUAGAAUAGUAGAGUUCUAAAUCAGAAUUCUAGAUGUAGUUCCAGAUGUUUCUAUAAUGAAAGUACUAAUAAAUAAUUGCUCAAUUCUACAGUGGUCGCAGCCCGCAGGCCUAUUCAGUUGCAUCCAAGUACAAGGAGCUGACGGUGUCCAAAUCGUUCGUUCGUUCGUUACCUGGUUUGAGCUAAAAAAGACAUUUAAAUUGAUUUUUAAAAUUAUUUUAAGUUCUAAAAUGGAAUGUACAAUUUAAAAAUGUUUUUUUUUUCUUGUUACUUACUAGCUUUACCUCUUAAAUACCGAACCCUAGCCCUUUCUAACUCUUCCAUUAGAAGGGAACUCUAGCUAGUAUUUGUGUAUACUUUUACUCGUGACCUUAUUCUCAGGUAACUAAAUAUAUCUGGGAAUCAAUUUGUUUAAAACAAGAGUUCUCUUAAAAUUAGCAUCAUUUUCUGGUGUGUGAGUUGUGUGUGUGUGUUUGUUUGUGUGUGUGUGUGUGUGGUGAUACCAAAAUAGAAUAACAUUAGAGAGUCAUUAGUUACAUUACUUAUCUCCGGUUAAUUGGCUGUAUUAUUGGUUUGGCAUUCAAUGACUCAUGUAUUCUUAAAUUUAGAAGUAAGAUGAUAAAAUAUGGUUACAUUUUAAUGUUUGUCUAUAAUUUAGACUUAAAUAUUAAUUAUCAGGCAACUUUUAUGUCUUUAAUAUUUUUUUUAAUACACCACUAUCUUUUUAUGAUCUAUUGACUUAUAUAUAAUUUAUCUUUUUUUAAAAAAAUUUAGACAGAUACGGAAUACAUAAAUGUACAUCUUUUUCUCAGUAUGUAAAAUUAAUAUUAUAACAAAAAAUAUAAUUUUUUCGUGGUGUUAGCUCCCUAGCUAAGUAUGACUUUAAACGCGCGUUUGAAUGUUCCUAUUUCAUGUGUUUUCUUUUGCGACACGCAAUGUAUUUUUUAAACUUAUAAAAUAUGAAUAAACAUUUAAAUACAGAAAUGAGAAAACAAA